AUGUCGAAUCCAAACAACAACAACAGCAACAACAACAACCCUAAUGGCGAUGGCUUUAGUGAGUAUGAUGAUACCACUACUGGAUACGGCGACGAUGAUUAUGAUGAUUAUGAUGAUGGACUCGGUGAGACUGCCGCUUCAGGGUACGAAGAUUCCACCCUGCAAUCGGAGGAUCCUCCCUACAAUGAAUACGCGGAUGGUGCCGAGGACAAUGCUCGGUACAAUCCCGGUGUAGGUGAACGUUACGAUGCGAAUACAGAAGAAAACGAUGGAUACGAUACCAAUUCUCGAUUCAAUGAGUAUUCCAAUGAUGAUGCGGAAGACAAUGCUCGUUACAAUCCCGGAGUUGGAGAGACCUAUGAUGCUAAUGCUGCACAGGGUGCUCCACAACCUCGAUCUGGACCGACAGGACCUGCGGUUGGUACUCGCCAAUAUAAUGAUUACGAUUACGACUCUCAUUAUGACGAUCAAGAUACUGCCGCUGGUGGUGGUGAUGAUGAUUACGAGGAGGAGCAUGUUCCACUCAAUCCCAGUUUCCGAUCUUACAAUUUCGAUCCAAAUGCGGAACCCGACUUUCAAGAUGAAUACGAUUCGGAUGAUGAAGAAUUGGACGAAGAAGCGAGGAAAGAAGCUUCCUUCUACAAGGGCCGAGAAGCCUACGAAUAUCGUACCGAUGAAGCUCAAGAAGAAAAACGAGUGAAAAAGGUCAAGAAACGCAAUGCCCUCAAUGAGCAUGUUGGUAAAAAGGUUGUGGCAGCCGUUUGUUGCUGCUGCAUUUGUUUCAUUACCAUUUUGGUUCUUAUCUUGGUCAUGCUCGUCUUCAACGAAGGCGGAGACACGACCAUUUCAGGUGGCCGCGGUGGGGGUUCAAGUGGUGGACGAACUCCAAGACCCAGUCCUCGUCCUACCUAUCCCAUUCCACCAGCACUCCGACCAGCACUUGAAGGACGUCCCGAUGUCUUUCAACCAUGGAUCCGAUUGACAGAUGAACCCACUUUGUCCCAGUACCCCACCAAUGUGGCUUCGGCCAAUCCCACAAACUUGCCCACGGGACUUCCAACACCCCAUCCUACCAUUUCACCAGCUCCUACUCGGCCAGUACCGCCCACGAUUACCUUGGAUGCGGUCGCCGAUACUUACAUCUACGUCGAUGGCUUCUUUCAAUACGAAGCCUAUGGUGACGAAGAUUCCUUUUUGGUCCAAAAUGGAUUGGCCGAAUAUUAUGAAUUUGCCGAUGCCAUGGGUUUGAUCCAAUUCGACCUCAAGAUUCUACCCACCAAGCAGCAGAUGGACGACUAUGACGCUCAGGCCAUUUUGCGCCUCAAUCAUUUGCCCGUCAACUCCAAGUUUGCGGGCAGAGAUCCUGCCACCAUUUCGGUCCGCAAAUUGCUCAGCACCCCCAUGCGCGUGGAAACCCUCCACGGAGGUAUGGUGGAUCGAAAUCCAGAUGGGUCCAUUCUGGGGGAAAACAAAGUCACGGUGGGACUCAAUCAAGAUGUGGUCUUUAUGGAUGUCAGUGAUCUGUUGUAUCCCACCAACUUUACCGAUGAUGGAUACGAUAAAAAACAAUUGUUGCUCAUGCUCUUUAACAAUAGUACCGAGCAAGGUGAUCCCAAAUGGACCGAAUUGGAAUGGCAAGAUCAAGCGGGGGAUCGAUUCAAGUCUGUGGAAUCGGGAGAAGGUCCGUCCUUGACCAUUUCCUAUGUUCCAAAGACACCACCAUAG